ACUCUGCAUCCACCACGUUUCCCACAAAACAACACACCAAACUCAUUUCCUAAUUAUUCAGAGAAAAGCUUCAAGCAAAUAAACUAGCAGGGGAAGAAGAAAUAACCCAUAGAAAAGGGAUGGCUUCCACUUCUGCAGUUUCAAUGGCAAUGCCACUAACUCACGCCAGCCAGCAGAGGGUGGUGCCAACCUCUGAGGCAUUCUUCAAGCCAAUGCAUCUUCGGUCCUCAAGGGCUGCAGCAGCAUCAAAAUCAAGUGGAAGGUUUCAAGUCAGGGCCUCCAUGAAGGAGAAAGUUGUGACAGGGCUCACAGCAGCUGCAAUGACCGCCUCAAUGAUGGUUCCUGAUGUGGCUGAAGCUGCCGUUUCACCGUCUCUCAAGAACUUCUUGCUCAGCAUCGCGGCUGGUGGAGUUGUGCUUGUAGUCAUUAUUGGUGCUGUGGUUGGUGUUUCCAAUUUCGAUCCCGUCAAGCGAGGCUGAUGAAAUUCUGCAGGGCUGGCCUUGAUUUUUUUUUUUCUUAUUGUGAUACAUAUCUGUAAUGUUCUUCAGAAAUGAAGUGAACUUUCUGUUGUGUCCAGUAAUAUGUGACUAAUAACCCCACUUGAGAGCAAGUUUUCAAUUCUUAAAAUGUUAUCUUCGUUUUGGCA